UCUUUCUCAAAUUCAUCUUCCAGACAUGCACACAAUGUUGUUUUUGCCUGUUUUUUGUAAAUAUUGUAAAUAAAUUAUUGUAAAUUCGAAACAGCCUUUACAACUACUUUUUUUAAGGAUUCACAUUUGGCACCCAAAAAUACACAUGUAACCACUGCUGAUGUGGGGGAAAAAAGGAAAUCAUAUGGAUCCAUUGGUUCUCAAACCUAUUCACACUUUUAGUGUAGUAAUUGAAUAACCAGUGAAAGGAACAUUUUCAUAGACUGAUUUUUGGGAGAAGGAACGGACAGACAGGGGGCACUACAGUAACAGAUGGACUUAGGGGGAAGAGGGAUUAUAUGAUUCAGAAUGGGUUUGUGACAUAAAUUCCAAAGAAAGAGAGGAGUGCGGCGCGGAGACCGAAGCUCCGUCGCUCCAUCAGCCCUGCAUCUCCUUCCAACUAUUGGCCAGGAGGGUUAAAGGGAGGAGCACAGCUGGAGAUGUAAGGGCCACUGCUGGAGGAGGAAUACUGGUGGCAGAUGCACAAGGGAGCGAUGAAGAAGUUAGUGACAUGCAGAACACUUUCAAGAUGGAGUAAAUAAUAUCUAAUGUCUUGAGGUUUUUAAGGGCUCUGGAACAAGGCGGAUUGCAACCUCAUGUUUGAGUGCUACAAGGGACAACAAAAAUAUCUUUGGUAGGUACUCGUCACAUUUUAUUUAAAGGAUAACUGCAGCCGAAACGAUUCAGUUUACAGGAUAUCAAUCAUUUUCGUCAUUUUUAAAAGAAAACGUCCCUAAUUUGAUCGAUUUCUUUGUUAUUUAUGAGGUUAACGCAGUAGCUUUGGGUGAGACGUUACAUUUCAGAUUAAACAAGUAAUAUUACGUUUUUCACUUUUCUCACAUGAAGGGACUAAAGAAUCUAUUGUGAGUUAAAACAGUAUAUUGUGUUGUAUUAACAUAUUUUAGUCAAACUGAGUAUAUUUUAUUUAGGCUCUAAUCAGGCAAAUGGUGUGUGUUUCUAAUCAGUUGCUUAGAAUUUGUCAGAAUAAGACAGAAGAACGUCUGAAAUCUGAAAUAUGUUAUUGUUAUUGUUGACAGAAUUACCAGUUUCAUUUUUUGUUGAUAUUUUGAGGUCUUCAUCUAAGAUUUUGGCUAAAUCUGAGAUACACUUCCAAGUUGUCCCUGCUGUCAAUCUUUGUCACACUGUAUAUCUUCACCACUGAAGAGUAAUCUUAAAUUAGAAGAAAUUCUAAUAAUGAUAAUAAUGUGAUGGUAAUAAAUGUGUUUAUUGUUGAAUACUAUUUUAUAAACUGGAAAAUUGUUGGGUUCCCAUAGCUCAGGCUUCGUGCAAAAUUCGGUGGUUUUAAGUGAUGCUUUGUUGUAUUUCAGGGUCUGAUGGGGAGUCAUUGCGUGAGAAAGAGGCAGCACAAAUGGAGCCAGCGGCGGAGGUCAUGAUGAGCGGCAGGGUCGGGCCUCAAUGAGGGGAUCCGGAAACGGGGAUCUCUCAGCCGGGGUCACAGCACGGCACACAUCGCUUGCUCUUUCAUAGCCCGUCUUUAGACCCGGCUUGAGGGUUUAUGUGUCCAUGGGCCCCUUUUUUUUGCCCGUGAUGUUCAGUUGCUACCAUCAAACUGAUCUAUUUUGUGCACACAAAAAAAGGCUCUUCUAGCGGGGGAGUCAGGGGAUGUGUGGCCACAGUUAUUCCCCCUCGGGACAUCACGUGCAGCAUUAUGUUAUGUCGGUUAUGAACCGUCGUUCCCCGGAAUCCUCUCCUGCUCACUUUAUCUUCCAUCUGUCCUUCCCCCACGUCCAUAAACGUCUUCUGCCUCAACGGUUGCAUCGUAUUUAUCUUUUCAUUUAAACCGGGGAGCAGCUCAUCACCUCACGGCUCCAUCUGCGACUACGCCUUGCCCCCUCUUUCCCUUCUUCACCCCCGCCCUCCCCCCCUCACCUGAUCGGCCAUGCUGGAGGGUAUGUCCCGUCGAUCUCGCUCCCUGCUCUCCCUGACCUUGACCACUCUGGCCCUGGCCCUCUCCAUCCUGGCCCUCUGCACCUCUUACUGGUGCGAGGGCACCCACAAGGUGGUCAAGCCCCUCUGCCUGUCACCCGUCAAGAUGAAGAACUGUGGGCAGAACAACAGCGAGCCUUACACCACAGAGAGUCCCACCCAGAACCCCUUCAACCGCACGCUGUCUCCAGCCAGGAGGGACGAGCUGGCCAAGAUCAGACAGAGGCAGCUGGCCAACGCCGUCCAGUACAUCUGGGAGACGGGAGAGGACAAGUUUGCGUUUAGGUACUUCCACACGGGCUUCUGGGAAAGCUGUGAGAAGCACAACGACGGGGAGAAAUGUCGGAGCUUUAUCGAGUUAACUCCUGGAGAAACUCAGGGUGUGCUCUGGCUCUCAGUUGUUUCAGAGUUCACAUACAUCGGUCUGCUGGGGAUGGGCUUCUUACUGAUGUGGCUGGAAGUCUUGUGUUCCAAGAAGGAGAUGCACUCCCUAAAAAUUAAUGCCUACGCAGCUAUCUGCACCGUGUUGUCAGGUCUUCUCGGGAUGGUGGCCCAUAUGAUGUUCACCACCGUGUUUCAGAUGACAGUCAUUGUGGGCCCCAAAGACUGGAGGCCUCAGUCCUGGGACUACGGCUGGUCUUUUGCCCUUGCCUGGGUGUCCUUCAGUUGCUGUAUGGGGGCGGCCGUGGUCACGCUCAACUCCUACACAAAGACCAUCAUCGAGCUCCGUCGCAAGCAGAGGCUCCGUCUGGAGGAAGCGAGAGCCGCCACUCACGCUCCUUCCUAUGACGAGGUCGUUCCGGGAGGCGGGCUCUACUCCGUCAGCGGCCUGCUGGAGUGUCCCGACGGCAUGAUCGACGUGGCGUGGGCCCCGAAUGGCAGCGUGGUUGAAGUGGGAAAUGGGGAUGUGCCAACGCUGGUUUUGGUGGGAGGCUGUGGCCCAGAAGGGUGUGAAGACUGUGAGAGAGAGAUGGAUGAGAUGGACUGCGCCAUGGACAGAGUGGAUUCACCUUGUUAGGGGAUCUUUUUUUUUUUAUUCUGCAACUAAAAAGGGCCUGAAAAACUGAAAAGGGGAAAGACACCGUCACCGUGCCGAGGGCAACGUGAGCAUCUUUCACUAUGACUUUCAGUGAAGUUGGGGAAUACUGAUUUGUGAGUGAUUGCUGAUCAAAUUAAUGCAUAUCGAAUUGCAAGGACUAUAUUAUAUAAAUAUGUCACACUGACAUGCAAGGCAGCGUGUUUUUCACAGUGCCUCAUGCUAGGAAAGUAAAUGUGGGCCUCUAUAUUUAAAAGCAUAUACAAAUUUUAUUGUUUAUACAUCAACAUGCAACAUGCAAAGGACGCUGUUCUUUUCACUGCUUGAUGCUUCUUCUCUCAUAAGCCUGUCCUUCAGACUAAAUAUACAAUAAGACAACGUUCUUCCUUUCUCAA